AUGAAGAACUACACAGUUGUGACCGAGUUCAUCCUGCUGGGAAUCCCUGAAACAGAGGGGUUGGAGACAGUGCUCUUUGUUCUCUUCUUAUCUCUGUACCUAUGCACACUGUCAGGGAAUGUGGUCAUCCUCACAGCCAUCAUUUCUUCCUCUCGUCUUCAUACUCCUAUGUAUUUCUUCCUGGGAAACCUGUCUGUAUUUGACAUGAGUUUCUCCUCAGUUACCUCACCCAAAAUGUUGUUCUAUCUUUCUGGUCAGACACCAGCCAUCUCUUUCCAAGGGUGUGCAGCCCAAUUGUUCUUCUACCAUUUCCUUGGCUCCACUGAGUGCUUCCUAUACACCGUAAUGGCAUAUGAUCGCUUUGUUGCCAUCUGUCACCCUCUACACUACACAGUUAUUAUGAAUCAUAGGGUGUGCUCUAUCCUA